AUGAGUGAUUUGAGAAGGGAUCUCGCGGCAGCCGCCCAGUCCCUUGCAUCUGCCAUUGCCCGCCUCUCCUUGGAAGACGAGGCUAGUGAGUGGGAAGUGGUUGCUUCCGAACCGGCUGCCGGAUUUUGGGCCGGAGAGGUCUUGUCAGGCCGCUUGGACUAUCCUGAGGCCUCUGAGAAGAUCGCCGUUCGGUCUUCGAUCUACGUGGUUCUUCGGAGAAGCCCGCAUUUACUGUGCCGGGGCCGCCGUGCCUUUCCCUUCCUUCUCGUGAUGGAGCUGGUCAGGGAAUUUUUGGAGGACCCUUUGGAACUAGGGGGCCUGGUCUUCUCUCGCAUUGCAGCUUCGGAGGAGGAGCAGACAGAUUUCCUUGCCUUGCCCGUCUUGGCCCAUUCUUCAGGGUUCCUUUUGGCUUUGCCCAUUGGCACCCUCUCGGAGGAGCUACUUGCCAGAGGCAACCAGGGCGGUCAGGAUGCACAGGUGGGACCCUCUUUCACCACCACCGUCGCCGGCCUCGAGGAAGACGAGGCCGGAAUAAUGCAAGACUCCCCUCACCAAGUGCCCUGCCUGGUGGUGGAUAUGAAGGAGGAGAUGGCAACCUACCUGAGGAAGCUCGAUCCGGUGACAGACCCUGUGGAGAGCCAGCCUUUCCUUGCCGACCUUCCGACCGUGGUGCCUCAGCACAGUGCCCUGGUGACCGCAUCGAAGGCUUGGCUGUCUUCGGAGACGGGAGAAAGAUUAGCCUUCUACAGUGCCUCGGAAGAGCCACCUCCUCCUCAAAGGGCUCAGGCUGCCGGUCGUGCAAAACGGGUGACCACUGCCCAGCUUGCCUCCCAGAUUGUGGGGAUUGCCGAGGCCCUCCCGAAUCUGACUGCUCAGCUUCAACAGCUGGCCGAUCGCCAGAGUUCUUUGGAGCAGAAGUUCACGGCUGUUCCCGAGGUGGCUCCGAAAGCAUAUCAGCAGAGGUUUGUUCCUCCCAGGCCAAAGACGCAUUCGGAGCAGAUGCUGAGGGCUCUGGGCAGCUCCUUGGGCCCGCCCCCUCGCCUCCGGGAACCUGGGGCUCAGAUCGGUUUGGGCGCUCCGGCUGCCACCGCGGCGCAGGUACCGGUGGAUACAGAGGAGGACCUCGAGGCUCCUGCUCCUCAAGGGCGGCUGGCGGAUGCCAUCUUGCAGCAGAGUCAGGCCCUUACUAUGCUGGUGGGCCAUCUGGCAGAGGGCGGCGUCGAUUCCUCGGCCCUGAGUCAGGGAACCGCGCUUGGUACGCGUGGCGCCGCGAAACGAGAAAGACUACAAGCGGAACUCGCGGCAAGAUCGGGAGACUUCCUCCUUCAAGUGUCGCAGGCGGCUUUCAGACGGAUGUCCCCAACAAGCCCUCUUCCUCGGACCUUGGAGUCCAUGAGGGACGCGGGUCCCCUCUUUACCCGCUACGUGGAGCGCUACGGAGGCUUCGCAGGUCAGCGGGAGGCCGGAAUGAUGAUGUGGGUUCUUGCCCACAUCGGGGACUGCAUGUUGGCGAACGACCACGAAGGGGCACAGGAGAUGUUGGCCUUGGCCCUAGUAGCCCAGGAGCAGAGUGCGCUGGACUCGGGCAGCUGGAGUGUUGCGUACCUCCUUACACUACUGGAGGAGCCUCCUCCUCAACUUUUCUCCGGGAGGGCUGCUGCAGGCAACAGUGCGCGCCUCAAGGCAUUUGCGCCUCUAUGCCCCCCUUCGUGGGGCACAACGACGCUUGCCUUUAUCAAAGAAAUCGAUGCUUUGCAGGCCCGCAGGAAGGAGCUCGCACAGAGCCCCUCGAAGGCCGCUGCUUCCAGCCAGGAGGCCCAGGACGAGGUGCCCCCGAAGAGGAAGCCUCGCUUUCCUCGCCGCCCCAAGCAGCCGGCUACGUGA